GUAUUGGAUUUCAGCCCUUCUAUCGUACUCUCGAUAGAAAAACUUGUAUUCUUUUCGUAUCUGACAGUAUAUGGCCGUGUGGUAAUGGAGCAUGGGUUAUCAUCCAACGGUUAUUCCCCUGUACCUCGCAUGGAUAAUCCUUUGAGCACUCGUGUUAUUGCUGCAGCAUCACAAAGCUCACCAAACAACUCAGAUAAAAAUAGUCCGAACAGAGCCAGUCUUCAUGUCGGAUUCUCUGAAGAAAAAGGAGAAGUCAAAGAGAAGAGGGAGCGAUUCCUCACUGCCAAAUAUGGGGCACAUCAGAUGGCACUAAUAAGGAAAAGACUGGCUGUGGAAAUGUGGAUCUAUGAACAACUAAAUGAAUUGCAUGGUUGCACUGAUGAUUCUGAGAGUCAUGAUGUCGAUCUUGAUUUAGACGAUUUACUUGAUAUGGAAGAUGACGACGAACGCCGCUCGUACUUACAGAAAUUGUUGUCGAACGCCAAAAGUACACCUGAAGCUGUUGAUACAUUUGUAAGCGAGUUGCUGAACCGGACUAAAGUUUUGUGACGACGAGGAAGGGGAAAAACGCCCCCUGUGGUGAUGAUAAAACAAAAAAUAGCAACGACCAACGAAAUGACAAUGAGUCAUUCUCAUAGACCUAUUCUAUUAUGCAAAUGGAUAAUUAUUCGAAAUAUCCAUCCAUCGUUUCUCCACUUAGACACACACCAUGCAAGCUCGUAAUACAAUAACUUUUAUAUGUAAAAAAAAGUGACACUCCCAAGUAAUCGAAAAAAAAAAUGAAUCCCAAGCAAUUUGAAUGCGCACAUCCUGUGGAAAAUCCCUAUAUCGAUACGAGAUCUCCCCUUUCCCUUCCGUCGGAUGUCAUUUUUUAAAAUCCAUCUUUCUUGUUUUUAACUUCUUAUGAGAUGCAUCAAACAUGUACUUCUUAAGUCCCCGUAGCUCAUUGAGAUUUCUGUACGGGUAGCAGCUUAAACAACUUGAGCUGACCAGGUUGACCGUAAUAUGCUACUUGUUUCUAAUGAGUCCUCGAUCAUCUGGGCAGCGAGCUCUUCAAUGAGCCUGUGUAUUUCUCAAAAUGAUGAUUGUUUGUCGAGAGGGAAUACAUAAUUGCCGAUCUUAA